AUGCCCUUUGGUCUGAGGAACGCCACUCAAACCUUUCAGCGAUUCAUUGAUCAGGUUCUGCGAGGUCUCGACUUCGUCUACGCCUACAUUGAUGAUUUGCUGGUGGCUAGUUCUGACGCUGCUGAACACGAGAUUCAUCUUCGACAGCUCUUCGAACGGCUCGACUCCUACGGCGUUAUCAUCAAUGCCGCCAAAUGUGAGUUUGGAGUCCCCAGUCCUAUCUUUCUUGGUCACGAAGUGAACUCGGAUGGGAUAAAGCCCGUCCCGGAAAAAGUUUCGGCCAUAUCAACGUUCCCCGUCCCGACAACCAUCAGCCAACUACGUCGAUUCUUGGGGAUGGUGAACUACUAUCACCGUUUUCUUCCCCAUGGUGCCACCAUACUGCAGCCUCUCAACAGCUUGCUGACCCACUCCAAGAAGACACUAGUGAUGACCGAGGAGGCCGUCAGGUCCUUCAAUGACGUCAAGGCCGCACUUGUGGACGCAAAAUUGCUUGCCCAUCCUCGCUCAGAUGCCCAGCUAACUCUCAUGACAGAUACUUCCAGCACUGCCGUUGGUGCGUCACUUCAGCAAACUGUUCGUGGUGUUCUACAGCCUUUGGCUUUCUUCUCGAAGAAGCUCAGCCCAGCAGAAACCCGCUACAGUGUCUUCGGCCGUGAACUCCUUGCCGUCUAUCUAUACAUCCGGCACUUCCGCCAUAUCCUCGAGGGUCGUGAAUUUGUUGUUCUCACAGAUCACAAGCCACUCGUUUUUGCACUGAGGGCCUCUCCCGAUCGCUACUCGCCCCAUGAAAUUCGUCAUCUCGACUUCAUCUCACAGUUUUCCUGCGACAUCCAACAUGUCCACGGUAAGGAAAAUGUGGUUGCUGAUGCUCUUUCAAGAAUCGAGAUGGUUUCCACCACAACAGACGCCAUAGACUUCACGCUCAUGGCUGAGGCUCAACGAUCGGAUGGCGAACUUCCCCAAUACCGCCACGAGAACUCUUCUUUACGCCUUCAAGAUGUCCCCCUUCCCACUCGCACUGGCACCAUCACGUGUGACCUUUCUACCGGACACGAACGUCCUUUUGUUCCAGCAACUUUACGACGACGAGUGUUCAACGCUCUUCACAAUCUAUCCCACCCUGGAGUCCGGGCGACAGUGAAACUCAUCACUCACCGAUUCGUCUGGCCCAACAUCAACCGGGAUGUACGGCGUUGGACCCGCUCCUGUCUACCAUGUCAACGAGCCAAAACGCACCGGCAUACUAUUACUCCGCCAGGAACUUUCGCCACCCCUGAUGCACGCUUCAGUCAUGUGCAUAUUGACCUGGUAGGUCCGCUGCCACCAUCUAACGUUUCUACCUAUAUGCUGACAUGUAUUGAUCGUUUUACUCGGUGGCCGGUUGCUGUGCCCAUUCCGGACAUCAGUGCCGAAACCGUAGCAAGAGCUUUCUUGACUCAUUGGGUGUCCAAUUUUGGAGUUCCUGCGACUGUCACCACUGACCGCGGAUCCCAAUUCGAGUCCACGCUGUUUCGCGAACUCACAUCCCUUCUCGGUACCAACCGAAUCCGAACAACAGCGUACCACCCUCAAGCAAAUGGUCUCGUCGAACGCUUCCAUCGACAGCUGAAGACUUCCCUUAUGGCCCAGCCCGAUCCUCCCCCUGGUGCUGUUGUCCCUCCGUUCCACUCUCAAGGCCGACAACGGUUGCACUGUAGCUGAUCUUGUCUACGGAACCUCCCUACGACUGCCCGGUGAGUUAGUUUCUCCUUCACACACGCUAACGUUUUUCGAACCUUGCAGUUAUGUGGAGCGACUACGUAGUGCCAUGCGCAAUCUCCGCGCAACGCCCCCUCGGGCGUCACCGGCCAAUUCCUUCAUCCCACCCGACCUGGAUAAGUGCGAUUUCGUCUGGGUUCGGCAUGACGCUGUCCGACGACCACUCCAAACACACUAUGACGGGCCGUAUAAAGUCCUUCGCCGAUCUGGCAAAGAUGUUGUCAUCGACCGCAACGGCAAGACCGACACAGUGAGCAUUGAUCGCGUCAAGCCGGACUACAUCGACGACAGUGACCAUCCCUCACCCCAACACUGUACCCCGCCUCAGACACUGCGGCCUCCUCCACCUACUGGCGACAGCCCCCCUCCGGUUCGCCACACACGAUCUGGUCGUCAUGUCCACUGGCCCGACAGGUUUGUUGCUGGCUAG